GCUAUCCAAUAACGAAGCGGUAAAAGCCUUCAUUAAGUUUUGUUCGUUUCGACCUUAAAGAAUUGAUACAAAUUUUUGCUGAGUGACGUCUUCUUUUACGCUUUAAUCAACAUCUCUCUGAUAUUUUAAGUGUUCAUUAAACUGUGAAUUACACUGGAAUGGGUGCUUAUUUGUCGGAACCAAUUGUUGAAAAGAUCUCGUGUGAUGAAAAGAGCAACGAGCAGAAGCUUAGCUACGGGGCAAGUUCCAUGCAAGGAUGGCGUGUUUCACAAGAGGAUGCCCAUAACUGUAUACUCAAUUUUGACACUGACACUUCUUUGUUUGCUGUAUAUGAUGGGCAUGGAGGACAUGAAGUAGCCGCAUACUGUGCAGAGCAUUUACCAGACUUUCUUAAAACAUUGGAUUCCUAUAAACAAGGUGACAUAAGCAAAGCUCUAGAAGAAGCAUAUUUAGGCUUUGAUCAUCUUUUGACUAAAGAAGAUGUUGUGAAAACCUUACACUGUAUUGCUGGCAAUAAAACUAAAGAAGGUUCAUCUGAAGAUGAUCCAGAUGAAAUGUCUGAGUUGUAUGAGGAAGCUACCAUGUCGAUUGAAGACCUCAUUUCUAGGUAUGGCAAACGAAUUAAGGACUCUGUAGAUGGAAGUGAUGGAAACAGCAAAGGACUGUCAUUGGAUCUGAUAUCCAAAAUGUGUGCCAAAGGAAGAAAGCACAAGAACAGAUCAGAUGCAACAGCUGAUAAAGUAGAAGAUAAUUCCGCCGAAGCAGUGGAAGAUAAAUUAUCUAAAGAAAAAGAGUCUCAAGAAGAUAACAAUGUGAAAACGAAUUCUCCAGAAAAAUUGGAAAACCAGGUACCUGAAAUGCAAAAAGAGACGAACGGCAAGACUCAGAAUGGGUCUGACAACCAUGAAACCGAUCAUUCUAAGACGAAUGAUGCGCCUGUCAGCGUAAAAGGGAAAGGUGUAGGCAAAGGAUUAAGUAACAGCAUCCGGAAAACAGUUGAAAAAACACCAGAAGAAAUUGAGAUCGAGCGCCGUGAAACGGAAAAAAAUACAAAGCGUCAGGAGCGAAAAAGGUCCCUCAGAUGCAAAUCAGCAGAUGAACUUUACAAGGCCAUAGUGACUAAUGAAGAAGAAGAUGAUAGUGACGAAGAUGGUGAUGACGAAGAAGAUGAAGAUUUUGACGGAGAAACGAGCUCUGACGAAGAUGCAGCUGUGGAAGACGAAGAUGAUAGGGAAGAUGACGAUGAUGAUGAAUGGGAAGAUCAAGAAGAUGAGGAAGACGAAGACGAGGAGGAAGCUGAAAGGAAAGCAAAAAAAUUUUCAAUGAAUUUAAAAGAGGAACCGGGCUCUGACAGUGGUUGUACAGCUGUGUUGGGAUUACUUCAUGGUAAUACCUUGUAUGUUGCAAACGCCGGGGACUCUCGGUGUGUUCUUAGCCGAAAAGGGCGCGCCGUUCCGCUCAGUGCUGAUCACAAGCCAGAAGAUGAGCCGGAGCGAUCUCGCAUCGAGCGGGCUGGUGGAGUUGUAACGGCAGACGGCAGAGUGAAUGGAGGAUUGAAUUUAUCACGAGCGAUCGGAGAUCACGCUUACAAGCAGAACACCGAACUUGGACCUCGAGAACAAAUGAUCACCGCUUUGCCGGAUAUCCAGUCAAUUGAUUUAGAAGAAGGCGAUGAUUUUCUUGUUUUGGCUUGUGAUGGCAUUUGGAAUUCAAAAAACAACCAACAGGUUAUCGAUUUCGUUCGACCUCGUCUCGCUGAUUCGAAAACCUUGUCACAAAUUUGCGAAGAAUUGUUCGAUGAAUGUCUUUCGCCCAACACUUUGGGGGAUGGAACAGGGUGUGACAACAUGACCGCUAUUAUUGUACGACUUGAUCGGUUUCUGCCAGAAGAGAAAUCCUCCAGUUCAGAAAUUGCACCAGCUUCUCACUCUGUUAAACGGCCGCUGACAGAAGACAGCUUGACAGACGUUGCACAACCAGAAUCCGAUGGCGAAAAUUUACAUAGAAACAAGAAACAACGCGUAGACGAUGCCACUGCCGAAAACAAGGAUGACGCGAAACCAAACAAUGUAGAAAUUGUUUCAUAAAAAAAAUUGAUUGCCUACUUGAUGCAGUUCAGAAACGUGUCCACUUCAAUUCAGAAACGUGUCCACUUUAAAAGUGGGUAUUUUCAAUCGAUCCUUCAUCAAUUCCAAGGUGUCCGUCGUUCCAGUUGAGUCCAUGCGUCGUAAAUUCCGAACUGAAAUAAAUGCUAACGUUCAAUACAUCAUAAGCCAUCGUCA